AUGCGCCGCCGAGCCAACACUAACACGACCUCGGCACUUCCUCCACGACCUGCCUCCAAGUUUGUCCCCGCCUCGGUCUACUCUCAUGUUUCAACGUAUCGCUCAUCACAGCUUGAACUCCAACUCUACAGUCCGUCGCUCAAGGUCCAUGACGAUGGACGAGGACCGGUAGCAGUCUUCAGUGGGCACGACCAAGUCGGUGGCAGGGUUUGCUUGGACGCCGACGCGUAUCAUACGGGGCGUCUGUCGAUUUCUAUUGAAGGGGCCUUCUCAUACCGAGUAACGAAACCUUACGAAGACCCAUGGGCCCCGACUUCUGACCCACAAAAACACAUCUUCCUCUCUUCGAUGACAUCCAUCUCUGUCUCCAACUCGGAAGCGAGUUCGCCUCGAUCUGUCUUCCGAGAAGCGUUCGUCCGACGACGCCCAAGUGUCUCUGCAAUUAGCUUCGUGUCCUCCUCCACGGAGCGGUCGCAUUCCUUCACCUUUUCCCUGCCUCAAAGCGUACGGCCAGGAGAGGAAAUGCCUCCAAGCUUUCUCUCCACAAAGGAUCCCUCGGAGCCUGACUACUUCGACAUUACCUACAAGAUUAUUGUUGACUGGGAGCCGCAGGACCCGUUCGACACUCCUUCACAUCUUGAGAUACCGUUCUUGAUGCAGCCGGAUGAUUUCCAGUGUGUUGAUGCAUCAACAACCGCCUCAGGUUCAUGGCUGGAGAUGCCCUUGAAGGCUGAUCGGCCCAUCCCUGUCCGAUGUGCAAUGACGCUGCCAACUUCGGUUACCUUUUCGCGCUCCUCAUCAAUACCUUACUUCGUCGUUUUUACAACGACACCACGCUCCCCCGAAAUGGCGAAGGAAAUCGCUGCAGAUGCAACCAUCUCUGUUUCACUCAUUCGACAACUUAACAUCAAUGACCACGCUUCCCUACCACCUACACCACCGCUGACGCCCACAAGCGAGGAGUCGGAACCUAGUGCGUUGAAACCCCCAACGAGACUGCUACGAAGAGUUGCGAAAUCACACCCGCGAUUUCGUGAUUUCCCCCGGCCCAGGAGAAUAUCAGAAGGGGCAGUUCCUUUCACGCGCGACAAGCCUCUACCUGAGAUCCCCUUGUCCCCCAUGUUGACGACGUUUUCGGAUAUGCGUACGGUCUCGAACGACAUGUGCAUCGGUUUCCCGAAGCGGCCACGACAGCAGUGCGACACCAACAAGAGUCAUCCGUCUUUGGAAACAAUCGCCGCGCUUCCAGACGGCUUGCACAAAACCCGUAUUCCCCUGGACAUGGACCUGCUUCCAUGUAUAGACUGGGGAGGAAUAAGUGUCAAGUAUUACCUGGACGUUUCUGUGCUAAUAGGAGCAGACGACUUUCGUGCUCGAGUCCCUAUACGGAUAUUCUAG